CAGACACAUAAUGGCGAGGGAUGAGCCAAAGUCUAAGUUGACAUUCGAUCACUGCUGCUGCUGUAUUGAGCUCAGGAUGGGGUGCCUCAUUUGGGGUUACUUGGAACUGGCUGGAGUAGCGUAUCAAUUGAUAAGAUUUAUCCUGUUAUGCAAAGACUUCGGACAAGUCAUUCAGGUUCUGAAGCAGUAUCUUAAGAUGUCCGAUGAAACAGAACAAGUGAUAAGAUCCGUUGGCAUCGGUUUACUCAUCUUCUCUUGCAUACUAUUUGCAAUUAAGGUGUUUUUUAAUAUCGUGUUUCUCCGAGGACUACAUAUGAACAAUCGAGCACACGUUGGGGCGUACCUGUUAUAUACCUUCGUCUUCAUCGUAGUUACCUUCAUAACAUGUAUCGUCGUAACCGCAGAGGUUGGAACCAUAGAGCAACUGCGCAUGCCUGGAACUGUGACGGCCAUCAUGGUCGUCUUGAUUAUUCUGUUGCAUGUAUUAAUACUUUACUUCUGGCUGGUGAUCAGAAGCCAAUACUGCCUCAUGGAUAUCAAGCCCCAGGCUAAUCUAGCUGUUGAAUUCAGAAACCAAUCCUAGAUAAAACCUAGGGGGCUGUCCAUAAAUUACGUCAUCGAUUUUUGACGACAUUUGACCCCCCCCCCCCCCGUAUAAUCAUCUAAAAAUCAUGCUUCAAAUGACCCCAUUUCCUCCUACUUCAUGGUACCGUCAUCCGAUGUCCAGACCCCCCCCCCCUAAUUUGAAAUGACGUAAUUUAUGAAUAGCCCCUAGGUACCUAAUGUACUGUCAAAAAUAUUCUAUAGUCAGCAUCAAAUAGCCUCUAGCAGCCCAGAGACCUAUAAAAAGGUCUCCUGUUCCAUUAUAAUUUGAACUUUGUGUUGACAAAAUAAAGUUUCAUUUUGCUUGGCAAGGUUUGACGUAUGGGCGGCUAGAGGUUAAGGCGGAUCAGGCCGCGUAGCCAAGAUGCCAAUGCCAAAGCGAUCGAAACUCAACUGUCACUGUCACACUAAUAUCGAAGUAGAGAGACAUAAUACCUAAUGCUUUCGUUGUCGAAGCGAUAGCGAUUGUAACCUAUGCUAGGCCGACAGACUACACGUCAAAAGUGACUGUACAAAUAGAGAUAGGUAUGAUAUGACUCUAUUUGGAGAAUAAUUUUGAGGUUCUACGGCAAAAGGUACCUUAUGGCUGCUGGCGCUUACGUCGCAUAGCGCCGCAAUAAUA